AUGGGAAGAAAACUAGCACCAACAAAACUGCUUCAAACUAGCAAAAAUGUUCAGCUUUUUAUCUUUGCAACUCAUUUUGGUUAUUUAAAAUACAUCAUUGCCAUCAUUGCCAGUGCCAAAGCUGGAGAAACCCGUUUCACUGAUACCCGUAAGGAUGAACAAGAAAGAUGUAUCACAAUCAAAUCAACAGCCAUCUCUAUGUUCUUUGAGCUUGAAGACAAAGAUUUAGUCUUCAUCACCAACCCUGACCAGCGUGAUAAGGGAGAAAAAGGAUUCUUAAUCAACUUGAUUGACUCUCCUGGGCACGUCGAUUUCUCCAGUGAAGUAACUGCAGCUCUCCGUGUGACGGAUGGUGCUCUUGUCGUCGUAGACUGUGUCUCAGGUGUGUGCGUGCAGACUGAAACUGUGUUGCGUCAGGCUAUUGCUGAGCGUAUCAAGCCUGUAUUGUUCAUGAACAAGAUGGACCGUGCUUUGUUAGAACUUGAGCUUGACAGUGAAGAUCUUUACCAAACUUUCCAGCGUAUUGUCGAAAACGUGAACGUCAUCAUCGCUACCUACAAUGAUGAUGGUGGUCCCAUGGGUGAAGUCCGUGUUGACCCUAGCAAAGGUAGUGUUGGUUUUGGAUCUGGUCUCCACAGUUGGGCCUUCACCCUCAAACAGUUUGGUGAGAUGUACUCGGAAAAAUUCGGAAUUGACACUGUCAAGCUCAUGCAGAAGUCGUGGGGAGAGAACUUCUUUAACCCCAAAACGAAGAAGUGGUCAAAGAAGAAGGAUGCUGACAACAAGCGUUCAUUCAUCAUGUACAUUUUAGAUCCUAUUUACAAGGUUUUCGAUUGCAUCAUGAACUUCAAGAAAGAGGAAACUGCCUCACUUCUGGGUAAAUUAUGUGUAUAUUUAUAUGUGGGUAUUUCGUGUAUAUAUAUAUGUAUAUAGUUCAGUAAAGUUUCG